AGUUCUCCAACAGUUCUCCGAAACCGCCUCACUCUCCGUUGGAGAAUGGAAUCACGGCUCGAUCUGCCGACUUCCCCACGUAAAUAUAGAGCUACCCCAAGAAGAGGGGACGUGAAUGAGUAGGCUCAAGCUUCCGGGGUAUAUAGACUACAGAAAAGCUAUCAUAAGGAAAAGGAGGUUUCUUUCGGACUUUCCCUUCGAUACACAUCCAUACCUAUGUUGUAGAUAUACCUCUACUUCAUAGCCCCUUCACACAUUUCCUAGACCACACAAAAUAUCUCCCCAACCCCCCAACCAUGGCAUCCCCCCCAGCGCCCCUCACCGAAGAGGAAAAAGCCUUCUUCCUCGCGCACGGGUACCUCAAGCUAAGCAACUGCUUCACGCGCGCGCAAGCCGCGUCCGUGACGGACGGCGUGUGGACGCGCCUCGGCAUGUCCCCGACGGAUAAAUCCACGUGGAGCCGCGAGCGCACGAACAUGCCUUCGCACCGGUCCUUCGCGUGCGCGGCCUUCGCGCCCCGGGCCUGGGCCGCCAUCUGCGAGCUGUGCGGCGGCGAAGACCGCGUCGCGCCCGAGAGCGGGGAGUGGCGCGACUCGCUUAUCGUGAACUUGGGCACGGCGGAGCGCGAGGGGAGACCGGUGCCGCCGAGGGAGUUGGGCGGCUGGCAUGUCGAUGGCGAUUUCUUCGUGCAUUUUCUGGAUAGUCCUGAGCAGGCUCUCUUGGUCAUUCCGCUGUUCACGGAUAUCGUGAGCGAGGGCGGCGGGACGAUGAUUUGUCCGAAGGCGAUUGGGAACGUGGCGAGGGAGCUGUAUGAGCAUCCUGAGGGCUUGUCGCCGAGGAUGGUCCAGAGGGCGCAUCCGGAUUUUCCGAGGGAGCGGAAUUUAAAGUGGUAUUGCGACGUUGUGCAGAGCUGCGCUGAUGAGGAUUUCGUGGAGGCGACGGGGAGUGUGGGGGAUGUGUAUUUGCUGCACCCGCUGAUGAUGCAUAGCGCGACGAGCAAUGCGAGGCGCGAUGUUAGGAUCAUUACGAAUCCGCCGGUGAGCCUAAAGGAGCCGUUUUGCUUCGAUAGGGGGGAGGGCAAAGGGGGGGAGUAUAGUUUGGUGGAGCGGAAAACGAUGGAUGCGGUUGGUGGCGAGGAGAUGUUGAAGGGGUGGAAGACUACGAUGCCGAGGGAAAGGAUAGUGCCGGAGAGGGUGCACAUUCAGGAGGCGAUGAAGAGGGAGGAGUUGAGGAGGAUGGAGGAGGAACAGAAUCAGAGGCAGAGAGAGGAGCAAGGACAGGGAAAGAUCGCUGCGGCUGCUGCUUGAGUAACUGGUAUAUGAUGAAACUGAAUCUAAUUACCUAUGGUCGAAACUGAACUCCUUGUGUUUGGAUAAGGUUGUGUGCCCCUUUUCUGAUGUUGGGGAUUCAGAAUAGGCUUAAAUAGCAACAUCGACUCCUUAGAAAUCUUGAACUAAAUGAAUACCAAACGCAAGUAUUUUACUUCAUAUUGUAGGUAUCUAGUUCCUUUUUGCUUGAGAGAUGAUGAUGCCCCUAGGGAGAUUCUCAUCGUAGUAGUACAACACAGCUUAAGAAUUCUCUCUUAUUGAAACUAUCGAAAUUUCCUUUAAGAGUUUUUAAAAAUUGAAAAUACUUAAUUUUCGUACAAUUACUUUAUACUUAUCUUAUGUUAUGCUGGGGAUGAAUAGGAAUGGCGAGGGAUGAGAUGCUUUUUGGAGGAGACUUAAUUGUGCUAAAUUUUCGAAAAUUAAUUGUUAGUGACUUU